UGUAAAUAGGUUAAUAAGGUCUUCACUAACUUUAAGUAAAAUCACAUUUAAUAAAUAUUUUUAAUUGAAUAAUCUAUUUAAAACCCGUUAAACUAAAACCCAUAGAAUAUAUUUUUAUAAGUAAUACUAUCAUAAUAAUAUCAUGUUCCUAAUUUAAUAGAAUAGAUAAAUUAAAUAAUUUAGUUUUAGAUAAAUUAAAUAAUUUAGUUUUCUUAAAAACAGUUAUUUAUAUUUAUUAUUUUUCUUAAUUGAUUCAUGAUUUUUAUUGUUGGACUAAACCUAUGUCAAGUGGUCAUGUUCUUAAUUUAAUAGAAUAGAUUUUGAAAUUUUAAGUUGGACAUAACUUUUAUUAAUUGGUCAUGUUGUUGUUUUAAUAGAAUAGAUUUUGAAAUUUUAAGUUGGACAUAACUUUUAUUAACUGGUCAUGUUGUUGUUUUAAUAGAAUAGAUAUCUGAAAAAUAGAAUAGAUAACAAUAAAUAAAUUUGAUUUGUGAUAAUUAGAUUUUAAGAAAACUUUUACUAUAUUAUUAGAGAAAAUUAUGAUACAGAGAACCAAAAUUAUUUCAUGUGGCUUAGAUUAAUAUUAAUUUAUUUUUGUUAUUGAUAAUUUCAUCAAUAUGUUAUAUAUAAGCUUAAUAUUUUGUUUUUGGUUUUACAUUAUAAUAAUUUUAUUUAAUUAUUUAUUAGCUUAAUUUUUUUUUUAAAUAGUCAAAUAAGAAAUCAAAAUUGAAACUAAAAUCUAAAAUUAAAUUAUUAAAUUACUUUUAUGUGCAGUAAUAUUCAAUGCACAUGUUUGGAAUGAAGAGCUAAAGGCACCAGCCGCACACCUAUUAAAAGCUCAUCGUCUUCUCCACUGUCACCGUUUUGAUUCUGACGACAACUCCCAAUUUCAACUUUCAAUCAAAGCUUAUAAACUUAAGCUUUCUCUGUUAAGAUUCAUACUUUAACUCUUUCUUCAACGAAACUCGACAUUAUCUCCAUCCCAUACUAAUCCACUUUUUGUCAAUCAAAACCAAAUGAAUCUCUAAAUAAAAGUGUAAAAGCUCCAAGUCCAAUAAUCUCAGAUCAAAAAGUCAAGGAAAAUGAACCAAAAAAUUCUGAUUUUUAUUGGUAAAAAAACUGAUGAAAAUUAGAACACUCUAGUUUUCGAAUCAAGAUAGCGCAUCAAGCAAAUAGUAACUACUGGAACAGAAACAAAAAGUAAAACUAUAAUUUACAGACGGAUUAAAAGAAGAAGGAGCAACUUUCUCUCAUAUUUCAGAAAGAAGAAGAAGUGGGUUCCGCGAAUUUUGGGUUUAGUUAAGGUAGAGGUUAUAAAAUACAUUGAUUGAAAUAGUUAUUAAUAUCUCUUUUUUAUUAAAGGAGGAGCAUUGAUAGAAAAUAACCUUUGCCUCAUGUGUUUAUUACAUGAGUGCCAUUUCCUAGGUGUCAUCACUACAUGCACUCUCACUUACUUUAAAAAAAACCCUUUAUGAACUAGAAAAAUUACAAACAAAUGCCACUGGUCAUUACAUUAUACUAUAUGAUUUUGGAUUACAUUUACACUUGAUUACAUUUCGAAUUCAAAAAAAAAAAAACGGGGAUCUAAAUAAGGCAGCAUAUUAACUCAUUCCUAAAAGAGACUUUAUGGUAUGUUCGAAAAUUUGGAAGUGUUUCAUUUAGAUAAGGCAACAAAAUAAGUGUCUCAUCUAAAGUCAUGUACGCUUUAGUACAAUUUUCGUAAUUUUAAACGUGGUACAACUAAGUUCUUUAACCUGUAUCAGUACUUGGUACAUCUAAAGUUCAUAUCAAAAAUCAUAAAACUAAUCUUGCAACAAGCAAACUAUGUUAGACACAAAACUAAUAUAGAAUCGUUUAUCAUAAUGUUCAUAUCAUAACCUAUACGAAUGUUCAUAUCAAAUCGUUUUAUGAUAUUUUCGAUUCAAUUCAUCACUUAAUGCUUCAAAAAUAUUAACAUAGCACCGGCCACAAUUCAAUUUUGGAAACACCAUUGAAUUGUGUACGUAAUCAAGGAAACAAAAUUCAAAGAAUUGAAAAACUUACCUUAAUCGAUAGGGGAAUAUUUCUGAAAUAUUUUUUGCGUGACCAUCACUGAUUUUCCUUACCUAUUUCACGUCCAGACAUCACGCAAUUUAUAAAUCAGGCAACUGGUAUAUACGGUAUUAAUUUCUCAUCAUUUUAAUAAUGUUUUUAAAUUCUCUAGAUGAUCUCUUUGCUAUUGCUCAUAAUAGGAUUGCAAACGAAGACUUCUGAAGGCAUUAUUGACAGCAGUUAUUUUGUCUCUAUUUUUAAUUUUUUUUUGUUUUUUUUAUACAUUGUUCCUUUUAUAUUUUAUUAGACUAUUACUUAUGUUUUAUUUAAUAUUAUAUUUAUAAUUUACCUGCAUGCAAACAAAUAUAUAAUUUAAUUUUAAUGACCAUCGCAUAUAAAUUUAUAUUGACAUAAUAAAAUUCUUAGCUAUAAUCUGUAUUUUCCUACAUAUAUUUUUCUUACUAUAACUUUAACUUUUAUUAUGUCAACAUAUUAAAAGUUAUAAUACUUUAAUAAUCUCUUCGCACCGCGCAGGGCGCGGAUUAUCACCUAGUAAUUAAUUAUAUGCAGUUAUAUUUUAAGCUGGACAUAACUUUUAUCAGUGGGUCACACUGCUGUUUUAAUAGAAUAGAUGGCCAAGUCAACAUAAAAACAAGAUUAAAAUGGCCAAUAUUCAAAAAUUGAAUAUUUAAAUUGCUCAUUUAUGAGUUGACAUUUUUUUUGGCUUUUUUUUGAAAGUUUAGAGUUUUUUUUGGUGGUUUUCUCUAUAUGUUUUUCAUAAUUGUAGUACCAUAAUAAAUCAAUGAUAAAAACUUAUUGAUUUCAUUAAUUUUGAGAAACGGAAAGGUAAAUAAAAACGGGACAAAAAUGGUUUAUCCCAGUAGAACAAUCAUUGUGAAUUUUUUGUUUUACAUUUCUAAUAUUCCCAAAAAAAAAAUUGUGCUUUAAACAAUAAAAAGGAAACCCUAAACAUAUUUGCAAAUCAUAGAACAAUAGUUAGCAUGGCGGGUUGGCUAGGGAGACGGCGCCAGCGACAACGUCGUAAAAAAACUAGACACCGCAAAACUAAACGAGCAAAGGAUGUUCGUGGAGAUUUCAUCAGCUCCAUGCCAGAUGAGAUCCUUCACCAUAUUCUCUCCUUUACCGUCACCAUCUCAGCCAUCAGAACUUCUGCCUUGUCGAGACGAUGGAGGCAUUUAUGGCGCGAGUUAACUUCUCUCUACAUCCAUGACUUUGGACCACAGGCUCGAGGGAUAAACCAAAUCCUAACUCACUACACAGCUCCCAAAAUCAUGUCCUUCCAUCUUGGUAUCUACAAUGAUAAUCACUCUACUGCUCAGAUUAAUAGCUGGAUCGAGUUCGCUAUGUCCCGCAGAGUCCAGGAUCUGUCUUUGACCUUCUUUAAUCACAGGAAGUAUACUUUUCCAGAUUUUUUUAAUCUUAGUUCUUCUAUAGAGCAACUAAGCGUAAAAUUAAGGGAUAGACAUAUGAUUCCGGGAGCCACAGUGUCAUGGGAAUCGCUAAGGAACUUGUCACUGCGCAGAUGUCGUAUUCGAGAUGAAUCCAUUGUAAAGAUUAUUUCUGGCUGUCCAAAGCUUGAAUUCUUGGCAUUGUAUUACUGCGCUCUAUUUAAUUGUCUUGACCUGAGUAAGUCACUGAGUCUGACAAGAUUGGAAAUGAAGCACCACCCUUGGCUGUCACGAUCAACUAAGAUUAUAGCUCCAAACAUCCAUUAUUUGAGAUUGAAAACUUCAGACACAUGUAAUUUAGUGGACGUCUCUUCUUUAACUGAGGCUUACCUUGAUAUUGGCAUUGAUGGAAACUUUUCUUUCUCGGUUGAUUAUCUUCUGACCAUGGUGUUAAAGAUGAUAGCAAAAUUGCAGAAUGUAGAGAGACUUACUGUUAGUAAAACAGUUCUUCAGAUUCUGUCUGUUGCUGAGAUCCGACGUUUUCCUUUCCGAGUGCUCAGAGUCCAAACUUUGAUUGUUAAAAUAAAGUUUGUUCGAUCUGCUAUUCCUGGUACUGCAUGGUUACUACAAAAUUCACCCGGCUUAAAGAAGCUUAUAGUACACACAACGGACAAAGGCAGAAUGAUGGAUGAUAAAUAUGUUGGCAGCUAUCUGAAUUCACAAGGCUUGAAAUUGGAUAAAUACUGGAGAUUGAAAUACGGUGCUUUUCCUACCUCAUGUGAGACGUAUUCGAUGCGUUCUAAAGAUUCAACGUGGAAACUAUUGGCUUCGUUCAUAGAAUGUCUGCUGAGAAACACAAAGAUGCUAGAGACACUGGUUGUAUGGUUGGGAGGUUCUGACUUCAAUGCAAAAUGGUUUAAAGGGCUGCUCCGGAUGGUUCCAACACUUUCUGACAACACUAAUGUCUCCAUUAUGCUGAAACUAAGCAAUUGCUAAGUAUUUGCAUCCGUGUUCUAUUUAACCGGUUAUCUUUUACAGCACUUUGUAAUGAAAUUAUUUUUAUUGUAUAUGAAUUUCUGAGUGAAAGUUUCACAGUUGACUCUUCGGAUGUUCUAUCGUUUUUUUUUUUUUGAAUUUCAUGUGUAUUAUACUUUUCUUUCUAAAAACAUUUUCAAUAUAAAACACCAUUUUUUCCUUCAUAAUAAAACUAGUUUUGCUCUCUCUUGUGAAAUCUUACUCUAUUAAAACAUGAUCAUUCCUCAUUUUUGACCAAUUGAUAAAUGUUACAUCUAAUUAUAUAUUCCCACGUUUUACUAAUUAACUAACUGUCAUUAAAUUACAUAUAAAUAUAGAGUUAUUAUUGGGUUCACGAACUGAACCCGAAAACACGAACCGAAACCGACCUAAAAAUAUCUGAA